AUGGCAAAGAGAAAAGGGUCUAUGGAUGUUUACUUCACACCCAAUCCUGAAUCAGUGGUGAAAAAUCGCAGAGACCAACAAAAAGGGAAGCAAACCAAAAUUGAUGUGAAUGACUCUUACAAAAAAGAAAUGAGAGCUCGGGCAGUACAAACAUUUGCAAGACCAAUGAUUGAAGCCAUUGGGCAAUAUGGUCUCGGUAUGAAGCCACCAACUUACCAUGAAGUGCAAGUUACCCAACUCAGAAAAGAGGUGAAAUAUACUGAAGAUUUGAUGAAAAAUCAUAAAGAGGAUUGUGCAAAAUACGGGUGUUCCAUAAUGGCUGAUGGCUGGAUUGAUAAGAGAGGAAGAACAUUGAUUAACUUUUUAGUUAAUUGUCCAAGAGGAACCAUGUUUGUUGAGUCGGUUGAUGCUUCUAGCUAUUCAAAGGAUGGGCAGAAGCUAUUUGAAUUACUAGACAAGUUCGUGGAGAAAGUUGGAAAAGAGAAUGUGGUGCAAGUUAUCACUAAUAGUGUUGCAGCUAAUAUGCUGGAGGGAUGCAUCAACAAAAAAAAAAAUUUGAGAAAGAUGGUCACCUACGAAGACUGGGCCUCAAGCAAAUGGGCAAAGGAGCCACAAGGCAAAAGAAUGGCACAAACUUUGUUGAUGCUUUCAUUUUGGAAUACUGUUGUAUUUGCCGUUAAGGUCUUGGGUCCUCUCGUCAAAAUGCUUAGAUUGGUUGAUACCGAGAAAAAACCUCCCAUAGGAUACAUUUAUGAGGCAAUGGAUAGGGCAAAAGAAUGCAUUGCAAGUUCAUUUGAUCAUAAAGAAGAGAAGUAUAAUGAAAUCUUCAAAAUCAUCGACAAAAGAUGGGAUGUCCAAUUGCAUCGGCCUUUACAUGCAGCUGCGCACUUUCUUAACCCAGAAUUCUUUUACCCAAAAGCAUUAGAGCUUCAUAGCAAGAAAAGAAAUAGAUUGGAACAACGUCUCAAUGAUUUAGUGUUUGUCAAAUAUAAUAGAACAUUGAGAUUUAGGUAUGACAUGCACAACACUCUUGAUCCCAUAUCUUUGCAAAAUAUUGAUGAAAGCAAUGAGUGA